AGGAGCUGGACCUCUCGGCGUGCGGCAUGGUGGCCGAGGAUCUGGCCGAGGUGAGCUCCGCGCUGCUGCACAAUGACCACUCGGGCUUGAAGGUCUGGGCGCUGGGCCAGAACCCCGACCUGCUGGCGCACGGCGACGGGCAGCCCGUGGCGCAGCUGCUGGGCGUGGCCACGAGUUUGCACGAGCUGGAUCUGAGCGAGACCGGGCUGAACGAACAGGGGCAAGCGCUGGCCAUGAUCUCGCUCGCACUCCGAUCCAAUACCUCGCUGCGCAAGCUGAAUCUCGGCGGCAACUGCGUGUUCAAAGACGACGGGGGCAAGUUUCUGGGCGACAUGCUGGGGCUCAAUUCGGGGCUGCGGGAGCUCGGAUUGAGCGGCUGCACGUCUCGCGCCGGGGCCUGGAGGGACGACGAGUCGAUGGAUGCUCUGGCGGCCGGGCCGCAGCUGAACUGCGCUCUCGAGCGGCUGGAUUUCAGCCGCAAUGCGCCCAGGCCGCAGCUGUUCCACUCGCUGGGCGCCAACGACACCCUCACGAGCUUGAAUCUGGAGCUGUGCGAUUUCGACCGCGGCCCUUCCGUGGAGGCGAUUCUGGCCCUGCUGCGCCGGAACUGCAGCUUGACGAGCCUCCGCCUCGACACCUGCACUGGCCUCGAGGACACGGACCUGGCCCGAAUCCGCCUGCAGCUCGAGACGAACGCCGCCUCCCAAUGCGUCUCGACCAAGCGGCUGCUGCUCUCGCUGCCUUCUGCCCCACCCUCGUCGGCCCGCGUCGUCCUGUGCGGGGCUCCAUUCGCUGGCAAGUAUUCUCUCCCUCCCGCACUCCUUCCAUCGUUGUCACAUUCGAGCUCCCAUGCCGCCCCCCUCGAAUCAAACCACCGAAUAUGCACGUGAGCGCAACCCCCACUCCCAGAAACAUUCUUACCGGGCUCUCAUCGUUCGUCCCUCCAUUCGCCACCCGCGAGUUCCCGAGAUGGCGUGCAUUGAUCCCCGAGUCGUGCGAGCGGUGAGACGACGGGGCGUCGAAUUGACGAGAACCCCCCGGCGGCGAUCGAUGGAUGUGCAGGCAAGACGGCGCUGUUGGGUUCGGCGGUGGAGGCGCACAGGCUGGAGAAGCUGUCGCGGGUCAGGGCGAUGGUGCUGCAGGUGCGCAAGCUGUCGGAUUUCCUGCGGAAGAAGGGCUGGCACAGGAGGAUGCGCUGGGGCGCCAGGAAGCCAGCAGCGCUCGAGAGCACGAGCGGGGUCGAGAUCCAGAUGCUGGAGGACGACCGCGGCGCGAGCGUGGCCCUCUGGGACGUCGCGGGGCACGAGGACGUUCCCAGCUUCCACGAGAACGUCUUGGCGAGCUGCCGCGCUGGGGGCGCAACGGUGGCCUUCGUCGUGGUCUGCAAUCUGUGCCGGGCGCAGGACGGGCAGGAGCUCGAGUCGCUAAAAUCCGCCGCCGACGUGGCGGACGAGUGCGAGUUCUGGUUCAAGCUGCUGGCCUCGACCACCAGGCUGCGCCCGCGCCCGCGAGUCUUCGUCGCGCUCAACCGGAAAGUUGCUUCGAAGAAGCGCACGUCGCGAGCCCUCAUCGACGCCGUGUCCGCGACGCUGGCCCGCUUGCGCACGCAGUUCGAACCGUACCUGGACGUCGUGCUCCGCGAGAAGGACGCCGUCGAGGUUCUGGACGCGUGGUCGGCGCCGGCGGUGAGCCCGUUCUUUCAAACCGUGCUCAAGAGCACGCUCGACGUCGCGGUGGACUCGCGGAAGCCCCCCGUUCCGGUCGCGGCCGAGGAUCUGAACGUCGCGAUCACCAAGUGGAUGCUUCGUCACAGCAGCCGGCCAAUCAUCACCUGGCACAAGUUCCACAAGCUGUGUCUCGUGAGCGGCAUCGAGGACUUCGGCUCCGGUGGCGCGUCGAAGGACGACGACGACGCGGCGCAGAUCGAGGAGCGCUGCCGCGCCGUCGCGAGCUUCAUGCACGACGCCGGGCAGAUCGUCUUCUUCCCGGAGCUCGAGGUCGUGGUCAUCAGCCCCCGCUGGUUCUUCCACUGCCUCCUGGGGCGCCUGGCCGGUGCCGGCGCCACCCUCGAGCGGGGCCUGGCCACGGGCGCCAAACUCUACGACGUCUUCUGCGACACGCUCGACGUGUUCUCCAAGCGCAAGCAGGACAAGCUCCGCGUCAUCCUGCCCGAGGCCAAGCUGAUCCAGCUCCUGCUCCGGUCCGAGCUGUGCUUCGAGAGCACCUCGGACCCCGACCCGGACUCGAGGCUGUUUUGCGUGCCCGCAGCUCUGCCGCUCGACGAGUUUUGGAUCACGGACUGUGGAUCUCGGCGCCUAGGCUGGCCGGCGGUACCGCCUUCGGAGCUCGACCGACCGCUGCGCCACUUGGGCCGCAGACUCGCCUGCCGGGACCAAGUCUGCACCUUCCUCACUCCGGGAUUCUUCCCAAGAUUGCAAGUUCAUUUGCACAAUCAAUUUUUGAAGCUGGGAGGAUUCGAGAGGGCGAAGUACAGAGUGGAGCGGAGUCUGAUCAGCGUGAGCCACGGGGGCGUGGAUUAUCUGAUCGAGUACAGCCCCUUCGACCACUUCGUGGACAUUCUGGUCAGGCACCCGGGGGACUCGAGCGAAACGCUGGCGCUCGUGCAGCAGAAUGUGGUCGGGCCGAUUCAGGAGUUUUGUGCUUCUCCCGGAGGCUGCCAGGGCGUGGAUCUGGUCGAGGGAGUGAUCCGCACCUCGAGCGUCGAGAGGCUGGACCUCUGCCAGCACAGGAGGAGCCAGAGCGCCUCGUUGAGCGAGUUGGUUCGAGAGCUGCAGGUCCACGGCUCAGAACAUCGCCAUCGCUGGCCCGAGGAUGCGGAGGGCCGUGAGGAUUCGGAGUACAUCGUCCUGCUCCUUGGCAAAGAGGAUCUGCAGAGCCAAGCUGACAAAUGGGCCAGGGGCCUCGAGCACGCCGCUCUCAAGCUGGGGCUGGACUCCACGGAGCAGCAGGAUUCCCCCCGCACCGAGCCCGACGAUGAGCACGAUCAUGUCAAAGGCCUUUCUGCCGAUCUGAGGGAGGCGUUGAGCCAAAUGCUGGGAUCGGAGCGCAGAGCGUUCUUGUCCAUCACGAGGAGGAUCGAUCGGCUGAAAGGCUGGCAGGAGAGAAUCCUGGAGCACCUGAGCUCGAGGCUGAACGAGCUGAACCCGUUCACGGCGCAGCUGCACGAGUGCGAUCUGCCAAGGCUCGCCUACUUCACCGUCACGGUGCUCACAGGCGUGACCGAAACGAGGCAGAUCGUCGCGGAGAUGAGCUCGGGCCUGACAGCAGGAGUGCAAGUUCACUACAUGUGCGAGGCUCAGGGCGAGGGGAAGCCGCACAUCGUGCCCAAGCAGCUCGGCAGGAAUGUGAGCUUGACCCCCGAGAGCCUGAAGCGCUGGUGGCCGUACCUGGCUGGGGCCCUGAGCGUGCUGGAUGUGAUGGUGAAGGCCGGGGCCGAAAAGCUGAUCUCGAGUGCCUCGAUUCCAACAUUCUCCGUCAGGCCCUAUUGGAACGACAAGCUCUUCUGGGAUGGUGUGGGCAACCCGGGCACCUCUGCCCCUCAGUGGCUGGUGGACUUCUUCAUGGGCCCCGGGCCACAACGAAUUUAUGACGACUUCAUGUUGCACAAGGUAUACUACGAGGAGUCCGAGCAGGUGGCAUGGAUUUGUGACGAUCACAUGAGAAGAGGAAAGGAGUGUGGUAUUCUCGGGCAUCUUGCAGCUUAGGGAGCGAGAGCGAGGGAGGAAGAGAGGUGGACGACCUUCCUCUCCAUCUCUGUUUUCUGAUUGUAUAUAGUAGAGACAAGUAAAUAGCAGCAGCAGAUGGAGAAGAUUCGUCUAGGGAGGCUUAGUGUCGGAAGAGAGAGUGAGUUAGUGUGCGUUUUGUAGGUUUGUGUGUGUGUGUUUGUGUGUUUACAGUAGCAGCAGCUAGAUUGUAAAAUGCAGUGCCUAGGACAAGGUGUGGCUCGUCUGGAGUUGUAUUUAGAAGAUGUAAAUUAGGGAAUUAUGAUAAAGCAGUUAGAGAACAGAUGGAGGCAGGAGGUGUACACAGGGAGAGAAAAGCACUGCAGAGGGAAUCACUUUGCAUUGAUUUUCCCGCAAGCAGCCCACAUGUGCGAUAGGGAUAGGACAUAGUUGGACAGUUGGUACUAUCGGGAGCCUUGUAAACAGCGUAGAUUGUAGAUUCUAGAAAAGGCUCAAAGGUGCGUCACGAAGCUCGAAGAAGAAGAGCUUAAAUUUUUGUAAUCGAGAUCUGAUCGUCUCGCAAAAGCUGAUAUCAUGCAAAUGAGUCGAGAGUUCUUCCGCAGGAUAUGUUUUCGAUUGUCCUGCCUGUCGUACCGAAAUCUAUGGUGUCUCAGAGACAUCUCCAUGCUUUUAGCCCCUUAAGCCCAAGGCUAUCGACCUCGGAUCCUCAAGGGUUUGGACCGUUGGAACUCGUUGGAGAAAAGGAUUGCCCGCCACUGGAACAGACAAUAAAUGGUUAGAGGG